AAAGAUGGACCCUGCCUUAGUACCAUGAUGCUGUUCGAGUUCGGUCCAUCAACAAACCUUAAUGUUACUCAGUCCUGAUGAAAAGUAACAUUGAGAAAGAGAGAAGGGAAGACGGAUGGAUCACCAAGCUGACACUAACAGAACUGAUUUGAUGACUAUCACACGCUUUGUUCUGAACGAACAGUCUAAGUAUCCUGAAUCACGUGGUGACUUCACCAUCCUUCUCAAUGCCAUUGUUCUUGGUUGCAAAUUUGUUUGUUCUGCUGUUAGCAAGGCUGGGUUGGCUAAACUCAUAGGACUUGCUGGAGAGACCAAUGUUCAAGGGGAGGAGCAAAAGAAAUUGGAUGUACUUUCAAAUGAAGUAUUUGUGAAAGCCUUAAUUAGCAGUGGACGCACAUCUGUUCUUGUUUCUGAAGAAGUUGGAGAGGCCAUAUUUGUUCCACAAUCACACCGUGGCAAAUACAUUGUUGUGUUUGAUCCUUUGGAUGGAUCCUCAAACAUUGACUGCGGAGUUUCUAUUGGAACUAUCUUUGGAAUUUACAUGGUAAAGAAUGAGGCUAAAGUAAGUCUUGAAGAUGCAAUGCAACCUGGAAACCAAAUGCUAGCAGCAGGUUACUGCAUGUAUGGAAGCUCCUGCACGUUCGUGCUUAGCACAGGAAAUGGAGUGAAUGGUUUUACACUCGAUCCUUCCCUUGGGGAGUUCAUAUUAACUCACCCCAACAUCAAGAUACCAAGGAAAGGAAAGAUUUAUUCCGUGAAUGAAGGAAAUGCCAAAAACUGGGAUGAACCAACCACUAAAUAUGUACAAAAGUGCAAGUUUCCUCAAGAUGGUUCACCACCAAAGUCUCUUAGGUACAUAGGAAGUAUGGUCGCUGACAUUCAUCGAACAUUGCUUUAUGGUGGUAUCUUCAUGUACCCUGCUGAUAUAAAGAGUCCACAUGGAAAGCUACGGAUUCUGUAUGAAGUGUUUCCAAUGUCAUAUUUGAUGGAGCAAGCAGGAGGUCAGGCUUUCACAGGAAAACAACGGGCUCUUGACUUGGUUCCAAGAGAAUUACAUGAACGAUCACCGAUAUUUCUUGGCAGUUACGAUGACAUCGAGCAAAUCAAAGAGCUUUAUGCAUCAUCCAAAGCAGACUGUGCAUGAAUAUUUUCUUUCAUGUGUUAAUAUAUAUUUGUUCUUGGGCUCUUGAAAGCUCAUUGGAUAUCACAACUAUAUGAAAGUUUGGUCAAUUAUAUGAAAAGAAAAUUAAAUUUAGUCAA